CCCUAAAGCGCUCGUGCCUUCGUCCUGGAGUUACUGACUUCACUUCUGACUGUGACCUGGUUUAGUUUUUCAGUUCUCCCCACUUUAACACUCAGUGAAACGCGCGCGCGCGCACACACACACACACACACACACACACACACUCAAUCACUCACACACUGAGGCGAUGUCGGAAGGUUCCUGAGCCGGAACAGAGACCCGGGCUGCUUGUCUCCUCGCGCUGCACCGGGAGCAGACGCCGGUGUUCCAGCGGGCGGGCGCGCGCGCGGCGAUGCUGAAUGUGCGCGCGAUGAUUGAGGUGUCGAUCCCCUCCGUGCGCAGGGAAGUGGACGAGUCAGGGAAGUCCCACAAGCUUUUCAGGGUAGAGGUUUUGUUCAACGGAAGGAAGCACUUUGUUCUCCGGCGGCAGAGUGAUUUCCAGAUGCUGCACCGAAAGCUGAAAAAGAUCCUCCAACUGCCGGAAUUCCCCAGCAAGCGGACCCAGCUGCGUGCUAAACCAGCAGAGCAGAGACAGCAGGAGCUGGAGGACUACAUCCAGGCGAUCCUGUAUAAGAACGAAUUGGUUCCUCAGGAGCUGCUGGAUUUCCUGGAGGUCAAACACUUCCACACAGCAAACAAGAUCUGCGGUUUUCGUGAAGAAUAUCAGAAGGACACACACGAACAGAAAAGCAGCUAUGAGCUGCUGCAUCAGAGAGUGGUGGGUUUCUCGUGUGAUCCCUAUCUCCUUGCUUCAAAGUCAGAUCUGCCAGACAUAGUUGUAGCUGGUGUCCUGCAGGGCUUCUUCCCCAAAGACAAUAAGCUGGGCUUAAGGACAUUCUCCAAACCCAGCAUUAGACACGUUCCCAGACAUCUUUCCAUCCCCUCCAUCGUCAUAGACACAAGCAGCCUGAGCUCGUUGCCAGAAGCGCAGAUAACCUGAGACACUGGAUGGGUACCUUUUUUCAACACUGACCAGGAUUCGUGCUUUUGGGACCUUGCCACAGACGGACUGGUUGACACUGAGCUUUUAUCAUUCAAAUAAAAGCCCUGAACAUUUAGAUGACUUCUUUUAACCUCAUCUCUGUAAGGCGGGAUAUCCUGUUUACAUAUUCUAUUAGCUUGUGACUUGUUUGUGCACUUUUAGUAUGUGCUUUAUUCUACUCGGGGUCACAGCAGAUCAUAUUCUGGGAGCACUGGGUGGGUAAGAUGCCCGUCCAUCACAGAGCACCAUGUGCACACAAACAUUCCCACCUUAAUCUUAGCCAACAUAACUGGCAGCAUGUUUUUCUAAGAUAGGAAGAAACUGAAGGACCCAGGAGAGACUCAUGCAGAUAGAAGGAAAACCCAGAAUCAAACCCUGGAGCUGUGAAGCUGCAACACUACCACCUGUAUGAAAAAGCCUUGUACACUGAAUUUUUAUUGUAAUUGACUGAACAUUCAUGGGAUGUCUUAAUGUUCUUUAAGCAUUGAAGUUUUAUUAAAAAAAAAAAAAAAAUUCCUUUCCUUUUUUAAAGGAAAAACGUAA